UCUCUCUCUCUCUCUCUCUUUCAACCCCUCUGCUCGGCUAGUGCUCUAACCCACUUGCACAAAAUCAUGGCGGACAGAAACAGCCGGCUGAGUGUUAAGAAGAAAGAGAAGAAGGUGGAAACCAAAGCGAACGAUGAGAAAGAGAAGCCCACGAAAAAGCCCGAAAAAGCUGUGACGAAACCAGAGAAGACCCCCGAGCAGGCCAAGACAGACGAGGAGAAGACGAAUGGGGAAAGUGCAGAAGCGACAGGAGCAGAGGCGAAGGCCGGCGAAAAUGGAGAGUUUGAGCCCAUAGAACUACCACCGUUUGAGAUUAUCACAGGGGAACAGAUGAGCCCGUUCUACUUCAAGUUUCAGUUCAGGAACGUAGAGUAUUCGUCAGGGAGGAACAAAACCCUACUGUGCUUCAGAGUGGACACAGCAGGAGGCACCGCAGACCCCCUGAAAGGUUACAUGGAGGAUGAACAUGCCACAGCUCAUGCUGAAGAGGCCUUCUUUCAACAGGUGCUUCCUAACGCCUCCCAAGAGUAUGAUGUCACGUGGUACGUAUCAUCCAGUCCCUGUGUAGCUUGCGCAGCCAAGUUGGCCAGCAUCCUCCAGCAGCGCAAAAAGCUUCGCCUCUGCAUAUUCUGCUCCCGUCUCUUCGAGUGGGAGCAACCGGAGAUAGUCGAAGGGCUCCGGGCCCUGGUGAGGGCCGGCUGCAAACUGCGGAUGAUGAAGCCGACCGACUUCAUGCUCGUUUGGGAAAUGUAUGUGGAGAAGGAAGACCAGAGCUUCACGCCGUGGGAGGAUUGUCAGGAAAACUACGAGUACUAUAUGGAGAAACUGAAUGAUAUCCUCAAGUAGAUGUGCGGAAGAUUUCCUCACUGACUGAAUGGGCCUGCUUGUGAAAUUCCCACUGGUUGAACCCGUGUUUCUCACAGUCUCAUCUGAUGGUGCAGACCGAUAUUAGUAUGAAUGAACACCAGUGGCUUCAUUUUAUACUUUUUAUUUUGAUAAUUUCAUAGGAAUACAGAAGACGCAAAUGAAACCCUAGAUAAACACAGUAUGCAAAUGGCUGUUUUACAGGGACAAGACAAAAGUUUGGAGAAGACUGUCUACUGACAUCUGGUGUUUGUGCAGAGUAUUGAAACACUAACAAAUCUAACACGUUAUCUCAUAUGUACAAUGCGCACAGUAACUGAAAGCAGCGAUUACAAUUGACACUUAACACAUAAAUAACACCUCCUACUCAAGUGUCUUCAACACCAAAUUAAAAUAUGUACAAUUCCUGA